AUGAGGGAUCAUCGCGGGGUCAGAAUCUUCCAAGGGAUAAACGGAAACGGGGCCGUAGUCAAGUCAGCAAUCGCGGUUUUCAACGACGGUUGGACUGCGACCCCGUGCCCGGCCCUAACCACGACCAACAUCACAGUGGUGAAGAUUCAAACCGGAGCGCGUGAUCUGAUUCUGAUCUCAUUCUACUUUGAGCCAGACAAACCCAUAGGGCCAUACUUGGAGCAGUUGGGGAAGGCGGUUGAAACACUGGGUCGAAACGGAAUCCUCAUUGGGGGCGACACCAAUGCAAAAAGCAUAUGGUGGGGCAGCGCAGAGACAGACAGUAGAGGAGAAGAAAUGGCGGGCAUGCUUGGGGAAUGGGGACUUCAGGUACUCAACGACGGCGGGUCUCCAACGUUUGAAACGGUGAGAGGAGGGAAACUCCUCACCAGUCAUAUUGACAUAACGGCCUGCUCAGAGGACAUAGUGGACAAGAUAAACGACUGGAGGGUAGACGAUACCAUGGCGAGUUCGGACCACAACGCGAUAACUCUGAAAAUUAGAAAAAGUAAAGACAACAAUGUUAAACGUAAACAUAAAACAACAAGGAAAUACAAUACAAGGAAAGCAAACUGGACAUAUUUUAACGAAAAAUUGAAAGAGCUGAUAAACUUACCGUGGUGGUCCGAUGAACUCGCCAAAAUGAAGCGUGAGGUGAACACCAAAAGAAGGAGAAUCCGAUGCGCAGCGCCGAUCCGAAGAGCCAAGGUCGUCGACGAGUACCUGAAAUCAAAAGAAGAAUAUGAGAACGAGGCAAAGAAGGCUCAGAUUGAUAGUUGGAAAGAGUUUUGUAGGAAACAGAACAGAGAAACCAUUUGGGAAGGAGUCUAUAGGAUAAUAGGAAAAGCAUGCCCGAUGAAAGAAGAUCUGCCAUUAAUACACCAAGGACAGACCCUUACCGAAAUAGAGUCGGCGAAGCUGUUGGCGGAAACGUUUUACCCAGAAGACAAUCCAGAGACCGAUAACGCAGAACAUCAGCGGAUAAGAAGUGCAGCCACAAAAGUAAAUGAUAGAGUCUAUGAUGAACCACAUGACCCACCAUUUACCAUAGAAGAACUCCACUUAGCUGCAAACAGCUUUAAUCCAAAGAAAGCUCCAGGCUCAGACGGUCUUACAGCAGAUAUCUGCAAACAGGCCAUAGCGGCUUCCCCGGGGUUAUACCUGUCACUGGCUAACAAAUGCCUCGAACUUGGCCACUUCCCGACCAUCUGGAAGGAGGCAACGGUCAUAGUCCUCCGGAAACCAGCAAAGGAGGACUAUACGAAUGCUAAAUCGUAUAGACCGAUAGGCUUGUUACCAGUGAUGGAGGGAGCCUUUGACAGCGCCUGGUGGCCAGCAAUCAGGGUCAGACUGGCGGAGGAAGGAUGUCCAGCCAACAUCAGAAGGGUUGUAGAUAGCUACCUCCAGAGCAGAAAAGUUAAAGUAAGGUAUUCCGGUGAAGAGGUCGAGAGAUGGACCUCCAAGGGAUGCGUACAGGGAUCCAUUGGAGGCCCAACCUUCUGGAAUCUGCUCCUCGACCCACUGCUGUUCGAGCUUGACAGACGUGGCAGUCACUGCCAAGCUUUUGCCGACGACGUGGUGCUCGCGUUUGAAGGGCAAGAGAUGGGCGAAAUACAAAAGAGGGCCAAUGAAACGCUGGCCUAUGUGAAGGACUGGGGAAUCCGAAACAAACUUAAGUUUGCGCCGCACAAAACCAAGGCCAUGGUAAUAACGCGCAAGCUUAAGUACGAUUCCCCGAUCCUCCACAUGGGGGGCGUAGACAUUGGUCUGGAAAAACAAAUAAAAAUACUGGGAGUCACCAUCGACAGCGGGCUGACUUUCAAUACUCACGUCUCCGAAGUUUGUAGAAAGGCAGUCGCCUUCUACAACAAGCUAUCCCGGGCGGCGAGGCUGCAAUGGGGGCUGGGGCCAGACGUUAUAAAGCUGCUAUAUACGGCUGUCGUGGAGCCAGUAGUUUUAUACGGAGCAAGUGUGUGGGCCCCGGCCUCGCGAAAACUCGGAGUGAGGAAGCAGCUCGCUGUCGUCCAAAGAGGCUUUGCGCAAAAGCUCACGAAGGCCUACAGAACCGUCUCACUAAACUCGGCCCUACUGCUCGCCGGAAUAUUGCCCCUCGAUAUACGUGCGAGGGAGAACGCCUCCCUAUACGAAAUAAAGAGGGGAUACUCUCGGCGAGUGGUGGGAGACCGAGAGGUGGAACGGCCUGUGGCCUACGGCGAGCUCGAGCACCCGGCGCAGCGGAGCAUGGUCCGAUAUCGGUGCCUGGCGGACGGUGCAGAAGUGAACCAAAUUACCAGCCAGUGCCUCUGUAUAUAUACAGAUGGCAGCAAAAUACAAGACAAAGUCGGAGCGGCAAUCUCAAUCUGGGAAAAUGCCGCCGAGACAAGAAGCAAAAAAUUUAAAAUGGAAUCCUUCUGCACCGUCUACCAGGCGGAACUGCUGGCCCUUCACGGAGCCACGGAGGAAGCGGUCAAAAGUGGGAGGGAAAUUUGCAGCGUCCUGAGCGACUCGAGGGCGGCGCUGGACACCGUAGCAGACGGAACUUCCCUCCAUCCCCUUGCGUUCAAAAUUAGGAAAAAUUUAAGAACAUUAAAAGAACGCAACAAAAUAAUAAACCUAUUUUGGAUAAAGGCACACGCAGGGAUGGAGGGAAAUGAGCGAGCAGACGAGCUCGCAAAGGACGCAGCACUUAAAUCCAAAACCAAACCUCAGUAUAGCAGAUGCCCUGUCUCAUACGUCAAGAGACAAAUUAGAGCGGAGUCAGUCGACGAAUGGGACAGGCGCUAUACAGAGGGAGAAACCGCUUCGACCACGAAGAUUUUCUUCCCUAAUGUCGUAGAGGCUCAUCGGAUUAUGAAGCAAACACCUAUAGACCCGAUACUAACGCAGGUGUUCACAGGGCAUGGCGGAUUCUCCGAAUACUUGCAUAGAUUCAAGUGUAAGGAGAGUCCGGCAUGCAUCUGCGAUCCAACGGAAAGUGAGUGUGUAAUGCAUGUGCUGACUAAAUGCCCGGUGCAUUUGCGUGAAAGAACUGAACUAGAAAUAGAACUAGAUAUAGAAGUUAAAAUAGAGAACAUACAUAUAAUUAUAGCGGAAAAGAAAGUAGAAAUAAAUUCAUAA